AUAUCGCCAUCUCUUUUGGCUAGCGAUUGGAGUGACAUAAAGGGAGAAAUCCAACGAUGCCUGAAAGCGGGCUCGUUGCGUUUCCAUGUCGACAUUUUUGAUGGCGUUUUUCUCGAUUCCCCCUAUGCGCUCACAUUUGGCCCACAAAUGGUGAAAGCUAUUCGGCGAAGCUGCGACACUUCUACCGAUAGAAAGGUAGCGCUAGACCUUCACGUCUGUGUUGAUCGUCCUGCUCGAUAUGUGAUGCCUAUGGCGAAAGCAGGAGCGACUUGCUUCAUCUUUCAGAUCGAAGCGACAUCACAAAUGGAAGACGCUAUCGCUCUCGCGCAACUUGUUGUGGAUGCCGGUAUGCAGUGUGGCAUCUCUUUGAAUCCGGCGACGCGUGUUGAAGCAAUUGUGCCACUUUUGGAGACAGGGCUCGUAUCAGUAGUUGACAUUCUGGCCGUGGAGCCCGGUUUUGGUGGACAGGACUUCCAACGUACAGCUUUGGACAAGGUGCGCUUUUUACAUGCUUGGAACACGUCACGUCCCAGAGAGAAUAUCGUCGACAUUAUGGUAGAUGGCGGGAUCAACAAAGACACUAUUGCACAAGUUCUGGAGGCGGGGGCCAAAAUUUUGGUCGCGGGGUCGUUUCUCUUC